AGCAAGACAACACCUCCAGUGAUGACAGCAGUGAUGUUGGAAGUGAUGAGAUUUAAAGUAUGGCUGACGUCUCAAGCAAAAAAAGCAUCUCGAUGGAAAGGAAAAGGCCGAGCAGGAAAGGAGUUGUCUGAAAAGAGCAGAUCAACGGAGGCGCAAAAGAAGAGAAAGAAGAAGCCCAGAGUCGCAAGUGAAGAAACAGCGGUCCAGAAAAACCGUGCGGUAGACAAGGACGAUUAGAC